CUUCUUACAAUGAGCUGCUUUUAUUAUUAGUGAUGUUAACGCGCUACAUAUUUUCUGCACAGUCCGUAUGUAAAAAAUUUCUACUGCGCUUUUCUUUUCUAUAAAUAAGCAACAAAAAAGGCAAUUUUAAUUCGACAAAAUGCCUGUUUACAAAUUGAUGUAUUUCAACAUUAAAGGCAUCGCCGAAUCGAUUCGAUGGCUUUUCGCCUAUGCUGGUGUCAAUUACGAGGAUCGGCGUGUCUCCGAGGAUGAAUGGAAGACUCUCAAACCAACAAUGCCAUUCAACCAAAUGCCAGUACUAGAUGUUGAUGGCAAGAGGGUCAAUCAAUCAACGGCAAUCUGUCGUUAUCUGGCUAAACAAUUUGGUCUUGCUGGUAACGACGAUUGGGAAAAUUUUGAAAUCGAUGCUGUUGUCGAUACUAUUAACGAUCUUCGCAUAAAGGUGAACGCAGCGUGGUAUGAAAAAAUAGCCGAGUCUAAAGUCCGGCAGCAACAGGUAGCCGAAGAGAUGACAGAAUUAUUUAUCGACCGUCUCGAGGAUUUAGUAAAAUGCAACGGCGGUCACCUUGUGGGUGGCAAACUUACUUGGGCAGAUAUUAUGUUAGCCUCCACACUCGAGUUAAUCAAUUUCCGAAUGGGCAGAGAUGUGAUUGAGAAAGCUGAACGCUUGAAGGCUCUGAGAGAAAACGUUCAGGCUGUACCCGCGAUCAAAGCUUGGUUGGAGAAACGUCCAAAGACUGAUUAUUAA